GAUGACGUGGAGGCAUCGCACAGAGCUAGUAAAGUUAGAGUUAGCGAAUGAUUUUCAUCUAUGCAUGAUGAGUUUUAUCUGUGGAUGAAACUAAAGCGCUGCCCACCAACAGGUGUAAUUCAGGAGAAAUACCAGUCUCCGACCCAUAAAUCGUUAUUCUCUGUUAACAAGUGUAGACAGUUAAUUAAGGCGUAUUAAAGCUCAAACAGGGCUAAAGAACAUACAAUUAUACCUGCAUCUUUUCAAGCAGCCCACUUGAAUCUCAAGUACAUGAGAAGGCAAAAAAAGAAAGAAAGAAAGAAAAGAAUGUAAAAUAAUGAGGAAAAGGGGCUGAUUUUGUCACAGGGAACCCCUCUGACUCAUACAACCAUUUCCAUGCCAUAAGAAAAUUAUACUCACAGUUUCAAACAAAAGUCUUGAGAAUUAACCCAUCCAAUGAACCAACGUCUUCUGAAGAUCCUGUCUCAGAUCUCAGGUCAAUGGAAAGUCUAGAACAGAACUGAAAGUGUAACUAAACGAAGGGUUAUUAUUAAGAUUAUUAAUUGUGACAAGAAAAUCCAUUAAAGAGAAACACCUUUGUUAAGUUCAUGAAGGACAUCAUUAUAAUUAACAGCAAGCUCCAGGUCUUUGUUGGUACAUGUAUGACAUGAAGCUGUAUGCUGACUGCAGAAAGUGUACAGCUGAUGUAAUUAUCAGCAGGACAUUAUUUAAAAACUCAACCCCAUUUUUAUUUAAUCGUAAUAUGAAGCAAUUCGUUAUGUUCUCACGCUGUGAUGUGAAUUUAGGUGCUCCAUUAUAGCACCGGUGUGUAAGAUUUUAAAGUUUCAUACUUGAUGCUGCCAUCAGAAACAACUAUGUGGCUGACAGUAAUGCAAAACAGUAAAGUUGUGAGCAAAACAAUGAGCUGAAAGAUUGUAAAACACUCAGACGAGUGAUAAUUCUGUGUUGGUUCGCCACUACAUGCAACCACCUUUACAUUACAUAUAUCCCUUUGAUCCAGUGUGACGUGAAAUAAUCAGCGCAGCUUUAAAUUACACUGAUGCUGCAGUAUUGUUGAUACUUCUGUAUGGUGGGUUAAGAGUAAUAGCAUUAUUCUUGCUUUUCAUUGCUUGUUUUAUCAUUUCACCUUUCAAGAUUUAUCUGGCCUUUUCAUUUUUUCUGUUUGAUGGUUUCUUUGUUUUAGACAUUUAUGUCUGUUAUUCACUUCCGAUACUGACUGACUUCUACUGCCAGAAGAGGAAUACUCAUUUGUAUGUAUUUCUUCCGGUGUAUUUGUGCGUGUGCAUGAACAUUAAAAGUAGAUUUUCCAGUUCUCAUUAAAAGAAGUAUGCAGCAGGUUUUUUGAGAAACAUCAUAUUCAUUAUUGGAUACAAAUAUAAUUUUAUGAUACAAAAAUAUAAUGUGACAGUCCUGUACGUGAUAUAGUUGUUCACAUUCCUUAAGUUGACAUGUCAUGACAGCUCCAAAAAUGCAUUUAUGUGUGCAGGAUACGUGUAAAUAAAACUAUGUAGGUUAUAAUGACAUAAAAGUUAGUUAGAAUUCUGAAAAUGAGACUGUGGCGACUCUUCGUUUCACCUCACUGCAUUCAGUGCCAGAUCCAAACCACAGAGUGAGAAGAAAAUAUUACACCACUUACCAUCACAUGCAAAUUUGACUUUAUGAAUGAGGCACAGACAUUAAACCCUGAUGCAGCUGCAUUCCAUAGCGGUUACAUAAGAAACAAGAUCCAGGAUCAGCAUGCUGCUACUAGAAGAUAAUUAUUGGCCCUUAUCCAAUCCUAAAGGAUAUUAAAACAGCAGUGGCCUGUGAUGAUGUCUGCCUGGAUCAGCUUCGUCACACAAACAUCAGGACAUGAACAUCGUAGAGACCUUGGCCUAUUGAGUCAAGAAGAGGAAGACUGUUGUUAAUCGACUUUCAUGAUGAAGAUUGUGGCUUGCUUUAUCCUCCUUGUCUCCGCAGUAGUUCACGCAGGUGUGCUGAGACACGGCCAAACUUGCCCGCAGGUUUGCGAUGCCUCUCAGUGCCCUGUCCCGGCGCAGGCCUGUUACUACGGGAAAGUGAGGGACAGGUGCAGCUGCUGCGCAGUGUGCGCAGCUGGGGAAGGUGAAGUGUGUGGUGGUGAGCUCUCCUGUGGCGACGGGCUGCGGUGCGACUCUGCCCGGGGGAAGCCCGGGGUGCUGUUCAGCACCUGCGUGUGUGCCUCCUCUGGCCCGGUGUGUGGCAGCGAUGGCAGGACUUACCCCAGCAUGUGCCGCCUGAAAGCAGAGAACAGGAGAGCCGAGCUCGGAGAAGGACCACGGGUCAUUUUCAUCCAGAGGGGUUGGUGUGAUUCCGGAAUGCAACAUCCGGGAAGUAUGCGCUACAAGUUCAAUUUCAUUGCAGAUGUGGUGGAUAAGAUUGUCCCAGCUGUGGUGCAUCUGGAGCUUUUCCAAAGACUGCCAUUUUCCAGUGAGGAGCUCCCUGUGUCGAGUGGCUCUGGGUUUGUAGUGUCAGAGGAUGGCUGGAUCAUCACCAAUGCUCACGUACUCACCAACAAGCAGCGGAUAAAAGUUCAGCUGAAAAGUGGUUCACAGUACGAUGCUACAGUCAAGGACGUGGACCAGAAAAUUGAUGUUGCACUCAUCAAAAUCGAACCAGAUAGUCCCCUGCCAGCGCUUCGUCUCGGUCAGUCGUCAGACCUGCGCCCUGGAGAGUUUGUGGUGGCGGUGGGAAGCCCUUUCUCCCUACAGAACACCGUCACCACUGGGAUUAUCAGCACUGCUCAGCGCAACGGUCUAGAGUUGGGCUUUAAGGACUCUGACAUGGAGUACAUCCAAACUGACGCCAUCAUUAAUUACGGCAACUCUGGUGGACCGCUGGUCAACUUGGAUGGAGAUGUAAUUGGCAUAAAUACAUUAAAAGUGGCAGCAGGAAUCUCUUUUGCCAUCCCUGCAGACAGAAUACGUCAGUUCCUGGCUGAGUCAUACAACAGACAAAUCACUGGAAACAGAGCACAAAAAAAGAAAUACCUCGGUGUCCGGAUGCUGCAGCUUUCACCUUCUUUGAUCCAAGAGCUCAAGGAGCAUGAGGGUAACUUUCCAGAUGUGAGCUCUGGGGUUUACGUUUAUGAGGUGAUACCUGAAACAGCUGCAGCCAGUGCUGGCAUGAUUAAUCAUGACGUUAUCAUCAGCAUCAACGGGCAAGCAAUUCACACCACAGAUGAAGUGAGCGAAGCUGUCCAGAGCAGCACUGCGCUUUCAGUGGUGGUUAGACGGAAGGAUCAGGACGUGUGGCUGACGAUCAUUCCUGAAGCAACUGACUGAUACCACUGACUGCAAAUCUCAGCCAUUAAAGAAAAACUUACCACGCCACUGGUAAAAUGGUUCUUAGCGGUAUGCUCUGUAUGGUUUUAGUAGUUAGACGCAAGUUACAAGAAAACAUUUUACCCCAUUUUGUCAGCUCCUCAGAAUGAAGAGCAAGACCUUCUUUGUGUGUUGUAGAGACACCAUUUUUUUCAACAAUAAAAGAGGACGAAAUCUAGAAGCAAAUUCCUAUACCCAUGACAUGAUGCAACAAGACACAUCAUGUUUUCACUGAACAAGGGCCCUUUCAGACACAACCCAACAACGAUAAUGUCUUGUGCUGCAUCAUGACAGCUUUUUGCUUUGUCGAGCGAAGCAGCUCACCACACUGCUCAGCAAGCUUGUACCCAAAGUUGAAAUAAGUUGAACUUUGGCUGCAAUGCAAGCACAGCUAUCCUAUAAUGUUGUGUCUGAAGGGGACUUGAGGCAACAAACUACAGUUGUAAACGCACCGCAAUGUUCACAGAUCAUGAUAACAUGCCAGUACAACUUGUUUUUUGUUUUUGUUGUUAUGUUGUUGUUUUUUUGGGGGGGCGAGGGUUGUAAUGAAAGCUGAAAUGAAUGACAGAAUUGAAAUUACACAAAAACAGGUGUGUACACCAAAGAAAUUAACUGUACCAUUUGUCACAAAAACUCCUAGUAUGGUGGUAAGAGGAGCUCCAUCUGUGGGUCACAGAAACAUGACAUUUCCACAUCAUCUUAUAUUCCAAGGACAAUGUCCUGAUUACUCUGGUUAGGCCUCACUGUGAUGCAGUUGACAAUGUGUUCUGUGGAUUAUCCAGACUAAUGAGAACAUUUUGCCUCACGCAAGAACACCUUCAUAUUCUUAUCAUUAAGUCACUUAGAGUGUGAUGUUUGUUCAUAUAGGUCUUCCAAGAUUUUUUAACUAGACGUUGUGGCAAAAUACUCAAUUUCAAAACAAUGAAUAACUCCUGUUCAUUCAAGAAUCAAGAGUCUUUAUUGUCAUUAUGCAAGCAUAACAAAAUUUUGUGCAGAUCAGCUUAAAAGCACACUUAUAAAUAGCACUGUUUGUACCGCUUUCCUGAUGGAAGUGGUACAA